GUUUCCAGAAUAAAAAUAGGGUUGCAAUCCUGGCAGAACUAGACAAGGAGAAGAGAAAGUUACUUAUGCAAAACCAGUCUUCCACAAAUCACCCUGGAGCCAGCAUUGCACUUGCAAGAUCACCGCUGAACAAGGAUUUCCGUGAUCAUGCUGAGCAACAGCACAUUGCAGCACAGCAGAAGGCUGCACUGCAGCAUGCACACGCACAUUCCUCAGGAUACUUCAUAACUCAAGACUCUGCAUUUGGAAAUCUUAUUCUUCCUGUUUUACCUCGACUUGAGGCAGAAUGAGGAAUGCUGAUUCUCAAAACUGCAAGGUCUGAUUUUUGUCCAUAGCAGGAACUGUCUGACCUUUUAAUUUCUUUACUUAUGUUAAAGCUGAUUUUUUUCUGGAUUUUUGUUGUUGCUUUUCAGGAGUGUGAGCCCUAACGAUGAAAAAACGAUAUUGUUGAACACCAAUUUUUAUCCUGUAUUUCUGUUUCUCUGUCAGGUCAAAGUCAAAUGUAAGACUUCCUUAGUAUGUGAAGUCAUCGCGUUUGCGCUUUCCUGUUUCUGUGCUUCCUUUAACUAAACAUCCAAACAGGAGUCAUCAAGAGAUGCAUACUCUG